UUUUGAGUUUUAGUUAUUUUCAUUACAAUUAUGUUUAAGUUCUUAUAUAUGUAAUUUAUAUAUGUAAUGAACAUUUUCAUUAAAAGAAAUUAAUGAAAGAAAAGACUUUCUCUCUCAAAACAUAUUUUCUCUCUCUAAGUUUCAAAUUCAAUAUCUCUGUCCCCUCUUUUCUAAUCCUUGAAUACUCAAUUCACUUUUAUUUUCUUUUUAUUUUCGGUUUAAAUUUCAUAAUUUCUUUGAUUUAAUUUUGUUGAUUUUCAAGUAAUUUGAAGAAGAUUGAAGAUGUUAGACCCUUGUUAUGCUCAUUGCCUUCAAUUCACAAGAUUCGCAAAUGAAACCCUUAGAUCUAAGUUAGAACUAUUAGAUGCAGUACAUCAAAUGAAGCAUGAUCGAAAACCUCAUAAUUUUUUUUUGAAAGGGAUAAGUUGCCUGAUAGUUUCAUACUCAGUUUCCUUUCCUUCUUACGCCGCUUCAAGUUCCAACCCUGGGUUUGGCAACGCCAAACUAACGAGUCUAAUUCCUCUACUUCAUGAUGAUCUUAAUGUUCUUUCAGAUGAUCUUAAUGUAAGUGGUCUGCAAGGUGAACUAGGGACACAUGCUGAAUUAGAGAAAAAAAGGUGCUCUACAAGACUCAACAACCACCAUUUUUUGGAUCGCACCAGGCACUACUGCCAUGAGGACCUCACACUUCACAACACUCGCCUCAUCCUCUUACCAUCCUUACCGCCACCAACGUCUAAAUUAAACUCUUGA